UGCCCUUUUCAUGUAUCCUGUUUGACUUGGCGAGGUGAUCGCAACGUGUGGACGGAUUUCGCCGGUUUCGCAUAACACACCUUAUUUGGAUUGUUUGAAUUACACGUCAAACAUGGCACUGAAUGUGUCUUUUCAGAAGGAUAAAAUUCCUGCAGCUUCACUUUUAACAGCAGAAUACCUGUCACAGAAAAAUUUAUUGAAAUGGUCCUUGGGUCAGAGUACAACCCUCACUGUGGACGGUACUACUUUGAAUAGUAACUAUACCAUAUGUCGGUUCUUGGCCAACAAGUUCAAAGAUUUGGGUCUUUACGGGAAUUCAAUCCUUGAAGCCUCUGAGGUCGAUCACUGGCUGACCUUUGCCUCGGGCUCCCUGUCUUGUGCCUCCAAGUUCUCCACGGCCCUGACCUACCUGGACAAGUCUUUGGAGCCGGUGACCUACAUUGUGGGUCAGGCAUUGACUCUGGCCGACUUUGCUAUCUGGGAAGUUCUCCAGAGCAAUAGCAAGUUUCAAUCUCUGUUGGCAUCAGGAGAUGCAGGUGUUAAUGUCACUCGCUACUACAAGUUUCUCAGCAACCAGUCAGCAUUCAAGGUUGCUCAGAAAAACCUGCCACAGGUUAAAGGCAACGCAGAGAAGAAAAGUGACAAGAAGUCUGAACCAUCUGCAAAGAAAGAUGAAGGAAAGUUUGUGGACCUACCAGGGGCUGAGAUUGGAAAAGUUGUCACUCGUUUCCCACCAGAGGCUAGCGGAUAUUUACAUAUUGGUCAUGCAAAGGCGGCCUUGCUGAACUACCAUUAUAGGGAGAUAUUUAAGGGAACACUCAUCAUGAGAUUCGAUGAUACCAAUCCAGCCAAGGAAAACGCGGAGUUUGAACAGGUGAUUCUGGAGGAUGUGGCCAUGCUGGGCAUUAAGUACGACAAGUUCUCCUACACCUCGGACCACUUUGAUCGGAUCCAGGAAUUGUGUGAGAAAAUGAUGAAGAUCGGGAAAGCCUAUGUCGACAACACUGACCCAGAGACCAUGAAGAAAGAGCGAGAUGAACGCAAGGACUCUGUCAACAGAAAUAACAGUGUGGAGAAGAACUUGGCUAUGUGGGAGGAGAUGAAGAAGGGAAGCCCUGCUGGUCAGAAGUGUGCAGUGAGGGCCAAGAUUGACAUGACCUCCGACAAUGGGUGUAUGAGGGACCCCACACUGUACCGCUGUAAGUUGGAGCCCCACAUCAGGACCGGCACCAAGUACAAAGUGUACCCUACCUAUGACUUUGCCUGUCCUAUUGUGGACAGUGUAGAGAAUGUGACGCAUGCCCUCAGGACCACCGAGUACCACGACAGGGACGAACAGUACUACUGGGUCCUGGACACUCUAAGUCUAAGACGGCCUUACAUCUACGAGUUCAGCAGACUGAACCUACAAAACACUGUUCUUUCCAAAAGGAGGCUCACCUGGUUUGUCAAUGAAGGAAUAGUGGAUGGAUGGGAUGAUCCACGGUUCCCGACAGUGAGGGGGGUACUCAGAAGGGGAAUGACCGUUGAGGGCCUGAAACAGUUUAUUGUGUCCCAGGGGUCUUCUAAGUCUGUGGUGAUGAUGGAGUGGGAUAAAAUCUGGGCAGUCAACAAGAAGGUGAUUGACCCAGUUGUUCCAAGAUUUACAGCUUUGCUGAAGGAGGAAGCCAUCCCAGUUCAUGUGAAAGGUGCCUCAACAGGCGUGAUUCAGAAACCCAAACAUCCUAAGAAUGAAGGUGUUGGAAUGAAGGAUGUCUGGUACUCUCCCCUUGUGUAUGUAGAGGGAGCUGAUGCUGAGCUGUUGAAGGAAGGGGAGCUCACUACAUUUAUCAACUGGGGCAACUUAGAAAUAACAAAGAUAAACAAGAAAGGGAACAAGAUAGUUUCCUUGGAGGCUUUAACCAGACUGGAUAAUACAGAUUAUAAGAAGACCCAGAAGAUCACCUGGCUGGCAGAGACUGACCGCGCCCCUUUCACGCCCACUGUGUGUGUCCAGUAUGACCACAUCAUCACAAAGCCUGUCAUUGGUAAAGAGGAGGACUUUAAGCAGUACGCCAACAGAGACAGCAAGAAAGAGAUGGUGAUGUUUGGUGAUCCAUGUCUGAGCGAACUGAAGAAGGGAGACAUAAUUCAGCUACAGAGGCGAGGAUACUUUAUCUGUGAUCAGCCCUACCUCCCCACCAGUCCGUUCACGGGUCGCAGUAGUCCCUGUGUUCUGUUGAACAUCCCCGAUGGUCAUACCAAGGAGAUGCCCACCUCAGGAUCAAAACACAAAGAAGAGGGGAGCAGCAAAGAGAAAUCCCAGAGCAAGAAAGGAAAAGCUGCUGAGAAAUCUCCCCCAGAAACCCCCUCCUCUGGUAUUGACCUUGCGGACCUAGACAAAAGAAUCAGAAGUCAAGGGGAAAGAGUUCGCGACCUCAAAACCAAAAAGGCUCCAAAGGAGCAGGUAGAUGCAGAAGUCAAGAUUCUCUUGGCACUGAAGGCUGAAUAUAAGUCUGGCUCUGGUUCAGACUGGAAGCCAGAUACCAAACCGGUUCAUCCGGUGUCCUGUCCACCAGCCUCAAGUUCAAUGAAUGCCCAUGACCUUAAUGAUCAAAUCAUCAAACAGGGCAACUUGGUCAGAGACUUGAAAGGAAAGAAAGCUCCCAAGGCUGAAAUUGAUGAGGCAGUAAAGGUACUUUUAGUUCUGAAGGCAGAGUACAAAAGUGUGACAGGAAGUGAAUGGAAACCUGGGGUCACACCCCCAGCAGCAGCGCCAUCUGGUGGAGCAGACGUCAGCAAUAUCAAUGAUAAAAUUGUAGCCCAGGGCAACAAGGUCAGGGAUUUGAAGGCAGCCAAAGCUCCAAAGGGUGACAUCGAUGCCGCAGUGAAAGACCUAUUAGCUCUGAAGGCAGAAUACAAAGCAGCCACAGGAAAAGACUGGAAACCACAAGCUGCCACAUCAGCACCACCGGCCACAGCCGCCAAGUCUGGUGGAUCUGGAAACGAGGCUGACCUAAAUAAUCAAAUUGUUGCCCAGGGAAACAAAGUCAGGGAUCUCAAAGCCCAAAAAGCAGCUAAGGGUGAUAUAGAUGUUGAGGUAAAGGCUCUACUGGCUCUGAAGACAGAAUACAAAGCAGCCACAGGUAAAGACUGGAAACCACAAGCUGCCACAUCAGCACCACCGGCGACAGCAGCCAAGUCUGGUGGAUCUGGAAACGAGGCUGACCUAAAUAAUCAAAUUGUCGCCCAGGGAAACAAAGUCAGGGAUCUCAAAGCCCAGAAAGCAGCUAAGGAUAAAGUAACAGCUGAGGUACAAUUAUUGCUAAAGCUAAAGGCUGACUACAAAGCAGCAACAGGGAAAGACUGGACACCACCACCUGCCGGAUCCACUCCCCAAAAGGUAGAACCACCAAAAGCCAUGCCAGUUAGCGGCACAGAGGCCGAGAAUCUCAAAAAGAAAAUUGAUGAGCAGGGGGAGAAAGUGCGAAAACUCAAGACAGCCAAAGCACCAGAGAGCGAAGUUAAGAAAGAGGUGGACACCCUUCUGUCACUGAAGACUCAGUAUAAGGAUCUAACAGGGGAGGAUCUAGCAGGGGGUGGAAGGAAAGACAAGAAGGAUAAGAAAAAGGAGAAAAAACCAGCUGAGAAGAAAGAAGAAGUGAAAGCAGAGGAUACCUCAAAAGAUGGGAAAAAAGUUACAAGACUUGGACUUGAAGCAAAGAAAGAAGAGAAUUUAUCAGAAUGGUACUCGCAGAUCAUUACAAAAGCAGAGUUGAUAGAGUACUAUGAUGUUAGUGGCUGUUACAUUCUACGCCCCUGGUCAUACGCUAUUUGGGAGAGCAUCAAAGAAUUCUUCGACCGAGAAAUCAAGAAAAUAGGCGUCGAAAAUACUUACUUCCCCAUGUUUGUCUCUCAUCAAGCACUGGAACGGGAAAAAACUCACAUUGCAGAUUUUGCACCAGAGGUUGCGUGGGUAACAAGAUCUGGUAAAUCGGAGCUGGCAGAACCCAUCGCAAUCCGUCCCACUAGUGAAACUGUGAUGUACCCUUCUUAUGCCAAGUGGAUCAAGUCCCAUAGAGAUCUUCCUUUAAAAUUGAAUCAGUGGUGCAAUGUGGUGAGGUGGGAAUUCAAGCAUCCACAGCCUUUCCUUAGGACCAGAGAGUUUCUGUGGCAGGAAGGACACACAGCUUUCUCAACGGCCCAGGAGGCACAGGAGGAGGUGUAUGUAAUACUGGAACUUUAUGCCAGAGUGUACGAAGAACUGCUGGCUAUUCCAGUAGUCAGAGGUAGAAAAACAGAGAAAGAGAAGUUUGCAGGAGGAGACUUUACUACCACAGUGGAGGCCUACAUCUCAGCCAGUGGGAGAGCUAUACAGGGUGCAACAUCUCAUCAUUUAGGACAAAACUUUUCUAAGAUGUUUGAAAUUUGUAUACAAGAUCAAGAAACACUUGAAAAACAAUAUGUGUACCAGAAUUCUUGGGGACUGACAACUCGGACCAUUGGAGUGAUGUGUAUGAUUCAUGGUGACAAUAAAGGGCUGGUGCUGCCUCCUAAUGUUGCCAGUGUACAGGUGAUAAUUGUUCCCUGUGGUAUUACGGCUAAUUUAUCCAAGAAGGACGAGCAGGAACUGAUGGAUAAGUGUGAGGCUCUAAAAAAAGAGCUCUUAGCUGUCGACAUCCGGGCUCGAACAGAUCUGAGAGACAACUACUCCCCAGGAUGGAAGUUCAACCACUGGGAGCUGAAGGGGGUACCAAUCCGCGUGGAGCUGGGACCUCGUGAUAUCAAGCAGAACCAGCUGGUGGCUGUCAGAAGAGAUACUGCUGAGAAAAUGACACUGAAGAACCAGAACAUUGGACAGCAACUCAAGGACCUACUUAAAAACAUCCAGGACAGUCUAUUCAACAAGGCUAAAUCUGACCUGGACAGCUACAUGAUUGUCUCCCAUGAAUGGGGUCAUUUCUGUGAUUCAUUGGACAACAAGAAAAUUAUCCAAGCCCCUUUCUGUGGGGACGAAGACUGUGAGGACAAGAUCAAGAAGGACAGUGCCAGGGAUGCUGUGGUGGAAGAAGGAGCCCCCUCAAUGGGAGCCAAGAGUCUAUGUAUUCCCUUCAAACAGCCCGAGACCCUGAAACCAGGCACCAAGUGCAUAAACCCAGCUUGUAAAAGAGACGCCAAGUUCUUUACUUUGUUUGGAAGGAGCUACUAGAACUUAAACUAUAUAAAGACUACUUAACGUCACCUUGAUGCCAAAGUUUCCACACUCUUGUGUAAACUCUGUACUUUCACAAAAUUUAGUAGUGUUCACUUGUAGUACAUUACAAAUGCUUAUACUGUGACUGCUUAUCUGUUAUUGUUUGUUCAUUGAAACAAAUGAGAUUCUAAAAACUGUAUCAUAAUUUAUUGACUAAAUGGGUUUCCUCUUAAUAAAGGAAAAGUUGUCAUCUU